AUGGCUUUUUAUAGCUGGACUGCGUGGUGCCCGCAGGUAUCCAAGCGCUGCCAUUGGUCACACUCCGGCCGGAUCCGCGUUCUGAUUGGUGUGUUUGGACCCGUCACCAGCCUGCGGACCCGCCUGUCGACCGGCGGCGCCCAGAUUGGCGAGACCUUCCUGCCACCAAGUCUGGCUUACUGUGCAAUCCUAGAAGGGAGAUGGGAAGAAAAGAAGAAUUUAGAAAAGGUGUUUUUGUGGGGUCUAUUCUCAAAUAUCUGGUUCUGGCGAGGUGUUGCUGGAGUCCUUGCUGUUGCUACAGUUUUGAUUUUGUGUAUUCAAUUUGCAGUAAACAGUUCUUCAGAGAAAAAUUUUGCUGGCUGUCCUUCCCUGGAACUCUGUCCAGCAGAUUGGCUCUAUUUCCGAAGGAAGUGCUACUAUCUCUCAGAGAGUGAAGCCAACUGGAACUCCAGUCAGAACUUCUGCUCGUUACACAAUGCUUCCCUCCUUGUGAUUGAAAAUCGUCAGGACCUGAAUUUUGCAGUGAAGAUAACAAAGCAAGACCCGUGGAUUGGACUUUAUAAAAGUAAUGAAGAGUUCUUUUGGGUAAAUGGGAACGCAUUAGAUAAUAAACUGAUCGAAGUAAAGGGCUCUGGAAACUGUGCCUAUCUCGAUUCAAAAGGAGUCUCAGCCUCUGGAUGUUCUUUAACCAGGAAGUGGGUCUGUAGCUUGAAUACUAGCUUAGCAUGAUAAAAGUGUGUGAAGCCACCACCUCUGCCACUUGUAGCUCUGAUAGGUAAUCUACACAGGCUUUGUGUAUGCUCUAGGACCUGGGAAUGUUUCUCAGCUCCUGCCUAGAGGAGAACGUCUUUUCUGGUAGCCAGAAUUCUCUGUCCAUGGAAAACCUCUGCUUUUCCACUGUGUCAUUUACAUGAAUUGUUUCAGGGUCUUAUAAACUUCCAUGCCCCAUUUUUCUAGCUACUACAUAGCUUUUGUUUCUUUUCUCUGUAUCAUCAGUAUUUCUCCCAUUAACUCUUCCCUGGUGGGAUCCAAAGCAGCUACUCUUUCUUUUCCUUUGUGGUGUAUACUUGAAGAGAGUUGUGCUGCCUUUCCCGUAGCCAGGCUCUGUGUAUGUUGUGAAGUGGGUCUGCCUGUGUCUCUCAGAUAGUGGAUAAGCCUGGGACUAGCACUAGUAUUUUAGGACAGGAUCACUGUGAAUUUCACUUUCGCAAUUUGAUGAGGUGCAUCUUGUUAUGCAGCUGUGCAGUACAUUAAAUGUUUUGUUGCUAUUUUGCAUUAAUCUUGUUAAAUUAGCUUGGCUUGGUGUCAGUGGCAAAAUCAUAAAUAGAGAAUAAGAGAAUUAAUAGCAAAAAUAUAUUUCAUGAUUGCCUCAUGUCUUAUUGUCUUAUGCUUCUUGGAGUGUGAGGUUUGCAAGCAAAUGGAUAGUUUCUGGCUGGGCAGUCAAUUUUUUUUGUUCUAUGCACAUACCAUUUUUAAUAGCAACACCCAGUGCUUUUGAAUUGAUUUGAGCCUGAAUAGAGCUAGGGCACAGUCCUACUGAACUCUUUCCGCUCAUAUACAUUAGGUAAACUGAGGACAAAAAGUGAAAUUUGUCUAGAGAAAGCAAAACAACUUAUUUUCAUGGAAAGACUGGAAUAUUCAUGCCAUUCUAGAGAGGGAAGGAUCAGGAAUUCUCAUGUGUAAGAGGAUGAAAUCCUUUCUGCUCAGAGUAAAAUCUGAAAACACUGGACUUUGAUUUUAAGAAUCCCUGAUCGAUAUAAAAUAACCAAUAACCACUAUAGAAUCACCCCAACAGUAGAAGGUACAAAUGUAUUUUGUAUAAGAAAUAUGGAGUAACUCUUCAUCUGGCAGAAAUCGGUGUUGCUCGACUGAUUCAAGUGGAAGAAUACUACUUAACUACUUAGGAUGUGCUUCGGUGUUGUGAUUCCCUUCUGCCCAUCCCUUAAGGUGCACGUGGUUGGUGGUCUUGUCAUCUGGGAUGCUAUAGCGUGGACUACGAACUACAUGGGGCUUUUCAAAGGAGCAAGAUUUUUUGAGUAGCCACUAGAGUGCACUGUUGUUUCAGGGAAGGGAAGAUAAUCAUGUUUUCAAUAAGGUUAAAUUGCACCAUUUUUGACAGGCUAUUUGCAGUGGGGUUUUUUUGUCCUAUUUGUAAUUAUUUUUGCCUUCACUACUUUUUUGUGCAAAUUCAAUUGCUAUCUGAUUUUGUUCAUUGUAUUUGUACUGUUAUGCCUUAUUUUCUGUGGCAAUAGGACUUCAGCAUAACAAGACCAUGCAGUAUGGAUGUUGUAAUAACUUGUGUCUUCCAAAUGUUAAUUUAUAUAUGAUCACAAAUUUUGUUGUACUACACUUUAUUUUUAUUGCUUUAUUGCUUUUUUAUUGCUUUAUUUUUAUUUCUUGCGUCCUUUAUAUGGACAGUAAUAGGACUGUACAGUAUGAAUAGCCUUAAUAACCUUAUGUUAAUUUAUGCAUAGCUAGUAAUAUUCCUGUUCUGCAGACUUUUAAAAUUAAUUAGCUCUGAAGGAUAUGAUAUGUGCAAUAGUUGUGAAAAGGUACCUAAUAAAUAACAUUGUGGAGCUUCUGAAUUCCAGCAGUGCAUGUGCUAAUAUUCUGCCAGUGGAAGUAUUUUUCAGCUCGGGCAUCGUUUGAAAAAAAAAAAGAGAGAGAGAGAGAGAGAAAAAGGAAAAAAAGCCAGACUGAAGCAAAAUAACAUUUUCAGGUUUCCAGUAUGGGAAGAUCUUUGACAAGAUCUUGUUGACAAGAAACAUGACAUUUGACCUAAAACAGAAUGAAUUCCGCUUUCUAAGUAUUUAAUCUUUUUAACACUUUAAAACGUGUCAGACUUUUAACAAAAACGUUAUUUGAGUGAAGUGCUGAACUACUUACAUGGAAAUGCUGAAAUACACACAGUGCAGUACCUUUGGAGAGAAUUAUGAAAUUUUCUAUUGCUCAGCCUUCCAAAAUUAUCAGAGAAUUUGCAUUAAGGCCAUACUAGAGGUACAUUUUACAAAUUUGGUAAAAUAUGUAAGGAAUAAGGAGUAUUCACAUACCACAUUGCAUCUUAGCAUUUUUUACUGAGCUGCUUUACCGGAACGUUCUGUUAAACUAUAGAAUAACAACAUUUCUGUGCUCUCUUAUGAUUAAGGGAUUGUUUUCUAUCAGUCAUCUAUGGAUAGA